CAUACAGCAGGGUUUUUGGACAACUUCAAGACGGAGGAUAUCAGCAAUAUGACUUUCGAAGGCACCUCAGACAGAGUCUGGGCCAUUACACCGCCAAUGUACAACAAACUGAUGGAUGAACUGAAAGAAAAGGAUGCAACCGUAGCGCUGAGUUUCCGCGUAAACUGUCGGAGGUGA